GUUGAACGCAUGUUAUACGCUGGCGCUGUGCCAAUCAUUUCGGUAAUAGGCCGCUACACCCUGGUGGGUAUAUCUGGACGUAGGUGUAUGAAUCCCACUCGGUUGGAUGCGAUUUCUCUCAGUUCGCUCAGCUUCAAUUGAAAAGACCUUCGCGGGACACUCGUCGUUCGCGAUGAUAUUUAAUUGAAUGAAUUUUUAAAACUCCGCUUAGUUACGUCGGAAACGUGAAACUGUGAACAAGUGAUCUCUCUCCGGACUUGCCCUGACAACUCGCAUAACUAGUAGUGCACUGAGCAGCAAAAAUAAGUGAUACUUUUCUGGUGGAUUACCUCAUCGUGGUUUAUAAGCAAACGUGUCGUGGGUGGAAAGGCUGCAAAAAGUGGAAGUGGCAAAUAAUAUAAAUCUAUAAAGUGCCGCAAGUGGCUUCGACAUAGCAAGGAGUAGCAUGUGAUAUUAAAUGUUCAAACUUAAGUGAUCAAUUGAAGAAUACGUUCAGUGUAAAUGUGAAUUGAUUGAAUGCAUUAGCAUAAAUUUUCUCAAGAUGGGUCUAAACAAACGAGACAAGCAGGCAAAGUUGAAAAGCCAGAGUUUAAUCGAUUCCGAAAAAGCAUCGGUCAAUAUUUCUAGUGCAGCAACGGCGUCCGAUAUUGUUCAACAGAGCUCAUCAAUGCAUACUAACAGCAGCACUAGUACCACAAGCAGCAGCAGUAAUAUGCAUAAGUCUGCUGCAUCAAGCUCGUCUAGUAAAACUGUAGUGGAAACAAUAGUGGAUGGUAGUCAAUCAAAAUCUCAAGAUAUCAGUGAAAUAAAGUCAAGUAGUACUGACAAGUGUGUAAGCAAGGGUGAACAGUUCAGUGAAACUAAAAGUGCAACUCAAAUUGGCUCAAAGCAAAUUGAUAAUAUAAUUCAAGAAAUUAAAUACAUUGCCAGUGACACGGUUGACUCCACAAAACGUAUCUCAACCGUUCAACAAAAUAGCGAUAGUAUCAAAAGUGACAAGGAACUCCGCGCGGCCUUGACCAAUUUCGAUGAAGUUGCCAAAGCAGCAAUAUCAGACAUUCAAGAUUCCAUAAAAAGUAAAACCAGUGAGAUCGUUUCGUAUGGUUCAAGUGUCGAAAAGAAUAUAAAAAGUAGCAAGACGGAGCAUGACCAUGCCACUAGCUCCAGAGCUGCAAGCAGCAGUGCUAUUAAGCAGUUGUCGAAAACGAAUAUAUUGAACAGUGAAAAAAAUAUAAGUGAAUUAAGUUCUUCGCAAGUCCAACAUUCCAGCCAUCAGUCCAUGAAAUCAAGCAACGUAUCAUCUUCUCAAAUAUUAUCAUCAAAAACUUCCACCAACUCUGCUGCAUUCCGUGCAGAUAAUUCCGAAGCCAAUAUGAUAAAGUCUGAUGUUCAAUUGAAAGACUCUGAAACGGCACACAUACGCCACUCGCAGAACUUAGGUCAUAACUCUGUGCUCCAAUCAAGUACAUUCCAUGGUAAUAGUUCAGACAAUGGGAACCAUUUCUCCGACAGUCAGAGUUACUCUAUUUCGGAGAAAAUCGCUCCGACAACCGAAGUAACCUAUGACUCUGCCGGGAACAAAAUAACUAGCACAAAGUCGUCAGCCAAAACUGCCCAAGGAUUCACUUCGUCAUCAUUCCACUCCAGUGGUGGCAGUGAGCUGAUGAGCUCAUCCACGCAACAAACAGCUCAACGUAGUUCCCUCCGAGACACCAGCUCGUCUGCGUACGUGUCGUCUUCUGUUGAACAAAAAAGUUCUUUGUCCAAUAAAAGUAACACAGCCGCGACUAGUGCCAUAAUCGAUUCCACCACUCUGGAGAACUACAAGCUCCAAGAAUCAGCAUCACAAGCGAACAUGUUGUCCAAGAAUGCUUCCGCUCACACUAUCGCAAGUAUUUCGUCGGCGCAUGACUCCCUGACGAACACGAUCCAAAGCACACAAUUGGUCACGGAGUCCAGCCAAGAUGUGUCAUCUAGGGAGCAACACACGGAAAAUAUGAAAACGUAUGAAAAUUCUUCGCACUUUUCACAACUGGAUGAGAGUGAAAAAUCGCGCAAACAAGUGACCGAUCACUACGAACAGCGAGAGUCCAACUCUUCUAUACUGAAACGCAAGACCUAUGAUGAAAAGGUGAAACGUCUCAAUUUGAUUGAUGAAAAAGUCGUUUCCAAGAAUGAAGUUAUACAGGGUAUUGAGGAUGACGUAACGAAUGUCACGAAAACAUCUUUCGAAGCCAAACUGUUUAAUCCGAAGUCGAAACGUUGGGAAUUGGUAGACCAGAAAACGAUCCUGGAAAGAGAUAUUACCGUGUCUAUUCCGGAGGAGAUCGUACACGAGCUUGAAGUCGAACGUCCCGAACUGACAAAUAUUACAACGACGAUCCAACUAACAAAGGUGUAUGAUGCAAAAACUAAACAGUGGAAGACGGUAGAUCAGAAAAAACACACAGAUGUACUGGAAAAAAUCAGCUACCUUGAGGAGAGUAGCGGACGAACAGCUCUAGACGAGUCAGAAAGGGUAAAAAAAUAUCACUCUGUUGACACAGUUGACAAAAUCAUUGUCAAAGAAAUAAGCGACCAACGAAAUUUGAGCAAAGUUAAGGAGCAAAAGGACAAAAUAAUUCAAGAACAGUGCAUCUGUGAGAUCUGUACCUGUGGUCGUCACAAUUGUUUUAACUGUGGUAGCGGCACAUCCCAGAAAGUAACAACAUCUUCAAAAUUUGCUACUUCGAGCAAUACUGACAAUUUCUAUCACCAAGAAGCAACGGAGCUGAACGAACAGAGCACCUUUCUUCGACGGCGAACCUGGACAAAAGAGGAUGCGGAUGACUAUUUGAAUCGUGUGGAAUCGGCGACCGUCGAACGGAGCAGUACUGAACAGAAUGUCACCAACCGCAGGCUAACGUGGACCAAGGAAGAUUUUGAAAACGUAGACAUUACAAAACUGAAAGAAACUACGCAUAUUGUUGAAAAGCAAAAACCUAUACGUCAUGAAGAUAAUUUGCGCCCAGAGGGGGAAUUCUACCGACAAGAAAAGCCUAAAUACCAACCAACAGAAAGACCGAAACAAAUUCGCCCAGAAGAUAAUCUAAAACCAGAAGGGUCGUUUGAAACACCGGACAAACCAAAAUAUCAGCCAGGCGAGCGACAGAAACCGAUUCGCCAGGAUGACAACCUUCGACCCGAGGGUCAAUUCGAUCGUCCCGAGAAGUCUCAAUUUCGACCGGCUGAGCGUCCAAAGCAGAUUCGUCCUGUAGACAAUUUAAGGCCAGAAGGAUCAUUUGAAACUCCUGAGAAGCCACAGUAUCAACCGGGCGAGAGACAGAAACCGAUUCAACAUAGUGACAAUCUCCGCCCUGAGGGUGAUUUCGAUCGUCCAGAGAAAAUUCAAUUCCGACCAGCUGAGCGACCGAAACAAAUCCGUCCCGAAGACAACUUGAGACCAGAAGGGUCGUUCGAGUCUCCAGAUAAACCAAGAUAUCAGCCCGGAGAAAGACAGAAACCAAUUCGCCACGAUGACAAUCUGCGCCCUGAAGGUGAUUUUCAGCGUCCUGAGAAAGCUCAAUUUCAACCAGCUGAGCGUCCAAAGCAGAUUCGGCCAGAGGAUAACUUGAAACCAGAAGGAUCAUUCGAAACUCCCGAGAAACCGAGAUAUCAACCAGGAGAGAGACAGAAACCGAUUCGCCAGGAUGACAAUCUUCGUCCGGAAGGUGAUUUUGUUCGUCCUGGGAGAACUCAAUUCCAACCGGCUGAGCGUCCAAAGCAGGUUCGCCCAGAGGAUAAUCUUAGACCGGAAGGUGAUUUUCAGCGUCCCGAGAGGACUCAAUUCAGACCAACCGAGCGACCUCAACAGAUCCGCCCGGAAGAUAAUUUGAGACCUGAGGGAUCAUUUGAAACUCCAGAGAAACCGAGAUAUCAACCAGGAGAAAGACAGAAACCGAUACGACAUGAUGAUAAUCUUCGUCCUGAAGGAGAUUUCGAACGACCCGAGAAAACACGAUUUCGACCAGCUGACCGACCGAAACAGAUUCGUCCCGAAGAUAAUCUCAGACCGGAAGGUUCAUUUGAAACACCCGAAAAACCUAAAUAUCAACCAGGCGAGAGACAGAAACCCAUUCGUCAAGAUGACAAUCUUCGACCCGAGGGUGAUUUCGAGCGUCCAGAAAAAUCUCAAUUCCGUCCAGCUGAGCGUCCAAAGCAGAUUCGUCCCGAGGAUAAUCUGAGACCAGAAGGGUCGUUUGAGUCUCCCGAGAAACCAAGAUAUCAGCCUGGAGAAAGACAAAAACUAAUUCGGCAUGAUGACAAUCUGCGACCUGAAGGUGAUUUCGAUCGUCCAGAGAAAUCUCAAUUUCGGCCAGCCGAGCGUCCGAAACAGAUUCGUCCCGAGGACAACCUGAGACCAGAAGGGUCGUUCGAGUCCCCCGAGAAACCGAGAUAUCAGCCCGGAGAAAGACAGAAACCAAUUCGACACGAUGACAAUCUGCGCCCUGAAGGUGAUUUCCAGCGUCCUGAAAAGGCUCAAUUUCAGCCUGCCGAGCGUCCAAAGCAGAUACGCCCAGAGGAUAACUUGAAACCAGAAGGAUCAUUCGAAACUCCUGAGAAACCGAGAUAUCAACCAGGUGAGAGACAGAAACCGAUUCGUCAGGAUGAUAAUCUUCGUCCUGAAGGUGAUUUUGUUCGUCCUGAGAGAGCACAAUACCAACCGGCAGAGCGUCCAAAGCAGGUUCGUCCAGAGGAUAAUCUAAGACCGGAAGGUGAUUUCCAACGCCCUGAGAGGACUCAAUUCAGGCCAACUGAACGACCGCAACAGAUCCGUCCGGAAGACAAUUUGAGACCAGAGGGAUCUUUUGAGACUCCUGAAAAACCGAGGUAUCAACCAGGAGAAAGACAGAAACCAAUUCGCCACGAUGACAAUCUGCACCCAGAAGGUGAUUUUGAACGCCCGGAGAAAGCUCAAUACCGACCAGCUGAGCGUCGAAAUCAGGUUCGUCCCGAAGACAAUUUGAAACCAGAAGGUUCGUUUGAGACUCCCGAAAAACCACAUUAUCAACCAGGAGAAAGGCAAAAACCGAUUCGCCAUGACGACAAUCUUCGUCCAGAGGGUAAUUUUGAACGACCCGAAAAAACCCAAUUCCGGCAAGCAGAUCGUCCGAAGCAGGUUCGCCCAGAGGAUAAUCUUCGCCCAGAAGGUGAUUUCGAACGUCCUGAGAAGACGCCGUUCCGCCCAGCUGAGCGCCCAAGACAGGUUCGUCCUGAGGAUAAUUUGAGACCGGAAGGUGAUUUCCAGCGUCCCAAAAAGCAACAUUUUAGACCAACCGAACGACCACAAGAAAUUCGUCCCGAGGAUAACUUGAGACCAGAAGGACUAUUUGAGACACCCGAAAAACCAAAGUAUCGGCCAGGUGAGCGACAGAAGCCAAUUCGACAUGAUGACAAUCUGCGCCCUGAAGGUGAUUUCGAACGACCCGAGAAAGCUCAAUUCCAACCAGCUGAGCGUCCGAAACAGAUUCGUCCCGAAGACAAUUUGAGACCAGAAGGAUCAUUUGAGACUCCGGAAAAACCGAAAUAUCAACCAGGUGAAAGACAGAAACCAAUUCGUCAGAAUGACAAUCUUCGUCCAGAGGGUGAUUUUGAACGACCCGAGAAGAGUCAGUUCCACCCAGCUGAGCGUCCGAAGCAGGUUCGUCCAGAUGAUAAUUUAAAACCGGAAGGUGAUUUUCAGCGUCCGGAGAAAACACAUUUCAUGCCAUCCGAAAGACCGCAACAAAUUCGUCCCGAGGAUAACUUGAGACCAGAAGGUAUAUUUGAAACUCCAGAGAAACCAAAGUAUCAGCCAGGAGAGAGACAGAAACCGAUUCGACAUGAUGACAACCUGCGUCCUGAAGGCGAUUUUCAACGCCCAGAGAAAACUCAAUUCCGACCGGCUGAGCGUCCGAAGCAAAUUCGCCCCGAAGACAAUUUGAAACCAGAAGGAUCAUUUGAGACUCCCGAAAAAACUAAAUAUCAGCCAGGAGAGAGACAGAAACCGAUUCGCCAGAAUGACAAUCUUCGCCCAGAGGGUGAUUUUGAACGUCGUGAGAUAAUUGAAUACCGACCGGCUGAGCGUCCAAAACAGGUUCGUCCAGAAGAUAAUUUAAAACCGGAAGGUGAUUUCCAGCGUCCUGAAAAGACUCAAUACAGGUCAGUUGAGCGGUCCCAAAUUAUUCGGCAUGAAGACAACCUUUAUUUAGAAGGUCAAUUUGAGCGAACGGAAAAAAGUAUUUUUAUUGCCGGUGAUCGUCCCAAGCCAAUCAAACCCGGUGAUAACUUAAAACCAGAGGGGGAUUUUGUAGUCCCAGAAAGGCAAGAAUAUCGACCUGCGGAAAUACCGAAACAAGUGCGCCCCCUGGAUAAUCUGAAACCGGAAGGAGAUUUUGAGAGACCACAACCAGUGACUGUGGGUAAAGCAGUCAGAUCCCAAAUAGUUCGCCAUGAAGACAAUUUACAUCUAGAAGGCAAUUUCGAGCGCGUGGAAAAGACCGUUUUCAUUUCUGGAGAAAGACCCAAACCUAUAAAACCUGAUGAUAAUUUGAAAUUAGAGGGAAAUUUCGUAACUCCAGAAAAAGUGCAAUACCAACCUGCCGAAAUACCUAAGCAAAUCCGUCCGGAAGAUAAUCUGAAACCUGAAGGGGCUUUCACAACACCAGAAAAACCAAUAUAUCGACCAGGUGAACGUCAAAAACCUAUUCGCCACGGUGAUAACUUGCAUCCUGAAGGUGAAUUCGAGCGUCCCGAAAAGAGUCCCUUCCGUCCAGCUGAACGUCCGAAACAGGUUCGUCCCGAGGACAACUUAAAACCAGAAGGGUCAUUUGAAACACCCGAAAAACCGAGUUACCAACCAGGCGAGAGACAGAAACCGAUACGCCAAGAUGACAAUCUUCGACCUGAAGGCGAUUUCGAACGUCCCGAGAAAACUCAAUUCAGACCAGCGGAGCGUCCGAAACAGAUUCGACCCGAGGACAACUUAAGACCUGAAGGGUCCUUCGAGUCUCCCGAGAAACCGAGAUAUCAGCCUGGAGAAAGACAGAAACCAAUUCGGCACGAUGACAAUCUUCGCCCUGAAGGUGAUUUCGAGCGUCCAGAGAAAACUCAAUUCCGACCUGCCGAGCGCCCGAAACAGAUUCGGCCCGAGGACAACUUGCGACCUGAAGGGUCGUUCGAGUCUCCCGAGAAACCGAGAUAUCAGCCCGGAGAAAGGCAACAACCUAUUCGACACGAUGACAACCUGCGCCCUGAAGGUGAUUUCGAGCGUCCUGAAAAAACUCAAUUCCGGCCUGCCGAGCGACCGAAGCAAGUUCGCCCUGAGGACAACCUGAGACCUGAAGGGUCGUUCGAGUCUCCCGAGAAACCGAGGUAUCAGCCUGGAGAAAGACAGAAACCAAUUCGGCACGAUGACAAUCUUCGUCCUGAAGGUGAUUUCGAGCGUCCAGAGAAAACUCAAUUCCGACCUGCCGAGCGCCCGAAACAGAUUCGGCCCGAGGACAACUUGCGACCUGAAGGGUCGUUCGAGUCUCCCGAGAAACCAAGAUAUCAACCCGGAGAAAGGCAGCAACCAAUUCGGCACGAUGACAAUCUGCGCCCUGAAGGUGAUUUCGAGCGUCCUGAAAAAACUCAAUUCCGGCCUGCCGAGCGACCGAAGCAAGUUCGCCCUGAGGACAACCUGAGACCUGAAGGGUUGUUCGAGUCUCCCGAGAAACCGAAGUAUCAGCCCGGAGAAAGACAGAAACCAAUUCGGCACGAUGACAAUCUUCGCCCUGAAGGUGAUUUCGAGCGUCCAGAGAAAACUCAAUUCCGACCUGCCGAGCGCCCGAAACAGAUUCGGCCCGAGGACAACUUGCGACCUGAAGGGUCGUUCGAGUCUCCCGAGAAACCAAGAUAUCAGCCCGGAGAAAGGCAGCAACCAAUUCGGCACGAUGACAAUCUGCGCCCUGAAGGUGAUUUCGAGCGUCCUGAGAAAACUCCAUUUAGACCAGCUGAGCGUCCGAAGCAAGUUCGCCCAGAGGAUAAUUUGAAACCUGAAGGUUCUUUCGAAACUCCUGAUAAGCCUCAAUAUCGCUCAGCCGAAAGACCUAAACAAGUGCGACCUCAAGACAAUCUACGUCCAGAAGGUGAAUUCGAUAGACCUCAGCCUGUUCAUAUUGGUUCAUUUGAAAGGUCUCACAUUAUUCGACAAGAGGAUAAUCUACAUUUGGAGGGAACAUUUGAACGUAAUGAAAAAACAGUAUAUGUCGCUGGCGAACGUCCAAAACCCAUUAAGCCAGGGGAUAAUCUGAAACCGGAAGGCGAGUUUGAGCGUCCGCAAAGAAUACCGUUUAUGCCUGCUGAAAUACCAAAACAGGUUCGCCCUGAAGAUAAUUUGAAGCCCGAAGGUUCAUUUGAAUCACCUGAAAAACCUCAGUAUCGAUCUGCCGAAAGACCAAAACAGAUACGACCUCAAGAUAACCUGCGACCCGAAGGUGAAUUUGAAAGACCACAGCCAGUAACAAUAGGAAAAGCAGAAAGAUCCGAAAUUGUUCGACAUAUGGAUAAUUUACAUCUGGAGGGUACAUUUGAGCGAACAGAGAAAACUCAUUUCAUUUCUGGUGAAAGGCCAAAACCGAUUAAACCAGAUGAUAAUUUGAAACCAGAAGGAACAUUCGAAACACCUGAAAAACCAAAAUAUCAACCAGGCGAAAGACAAAAACCCGUUCGACAUAUUGACAACCUUCGUCCAGAGGGUGAUUUCGAACGACCAGAAAUAUCUCCCUUCCGACCAGCUGAGCGCCCGAAACAAGUUCGUCCAGAGGAUAACUUGAGACCAGAAGGCUCAAUUGAGACUCACGAAAAACCGAGGUAUCAACCAGGUGAGAGACAGAAACCGAUUCGGCAUCAUGACAAUCUGCGACCUGAAGGUGAUUUCGAGCGUCCUGAGAAAUCCCCGUUCCAAGCAGCUGAGCGUCCGAAGCAGGUUCGACCAGUGGAUAAUUUGAGACCCGAAGGAUCGUUCGAAACUGUGGACACACCCAUAUAUCAACCAGGUGAAAGACAAAAGCCCAUUCGUCAUGGCGAUAACCUGCAUCCCGAGGGUGACUUUUCACGUCCUGAAAAAACUUCCUUCAAACCCGCAGAACGUCCUAAGCAGGUACGUCCGGAAGAUAAUCUGCGUCCUGAGGGUAGAUUCGAAACUCCCGAAAAGCCAAAAUAUCAACCAGGCGAUAGACCGUCGCCAAUUCGUCACGAUGAUAAUCUACGACCAGAAGGUAAUUUCGAGCGUCCUCAAAAGACAUCUUUCAAGCCAGCUGAGCGUCCGAAGCAAAUACGUCCAGAGGAUAAUUUACGAUCUGAGGGGACAUUUGCGACUCCAGAAAAGCCGAAGUAUCAACCUGGAGAAAGACAAAAACCAAUUCGACAUGGUGACAAUCUUCGUCCAGAAGGAGAGUUUGAACGGCCUGUCAGCAAACCCGAGUAUCGAGCAGCUGAGCGACCAAAACAAGUAAAACCUAAAGAUAAUCUACAAAUUGAGGGAGAUUAUCAAUCCUUGAAGGAAUACAAAGAUCAGAAACAACGAAAAGAAGCCGAAAUUAAAGAAAUCCACGAAGGUGGCAUUCUUGAUGGGAGUGUUCUUGUUACAACGCAAACAGUUACUACUAUUCUGAAAGGCGACAAACCUAAAGCAAGUGGAACGAAGAUCACGACUAUUAAAACGGAAGAGGAAAAGAACAAGUCGCAUACCAGUAAUCAGCAUCAUGAACACAUGUCAUCAUCAUCAUCGCUUAUUUCUCAAGAUGCGCGAAAUUUAAAACAAGUUACUUCAUCUACUACAGACACGAUGAUACAAGGAGCUGUUCAAGAAGUUACUGAACACGAUAUGCAAAAGCAUACCCAAUCUGCUGUAAUUCAAUCUGCAUCGACAAAAUCAACGUCUUCCUUGCAAAAGCAAUCCAUUAGUACUACAAUGAAACAGAUGGACGAUCGGAUUAGUGCAACACAGAAACAAAUGGACGAUACAAUGUCUUCUCAGAAUCACACCUCGAGUAAAACAGCAAGAACAUCCGCUGAAAACAUGACUUCUACAACCAAUCGUAUCGUACAGUUAAGUGAUGGUACUACAACAGAAAUUAUUGGAAAUGCCACAAGACCACAUGGGACAUCUCACGAGCACUAUAGUGAGACUAACAUUGCAAGUGCAAGUAAUCGUGUGGUAAUUGAUGGACAAGUUGUUACAGACAAGAUGGUCAGCCAGCAACAGGGAAUGGAAAAAGUGAUUGAAGAUGGUGCAGUGAAAGUUGAUAAAUCGUUUAUAGAGAAGAAGUCCACUGGAAGUGAUAACCGCUCCGCUUUGAAGGAACACACAGCGGCAGCCCAUAGGAACCAGCUGACAACGGGCAAGUCUUCCUCUAAAGUACAGACCAACAAUAUUAUUCAUGAAUCAUCUCAAAAUGGAUCAUCAAAAAUGGUUGAUGCAUCGGAACAAAAGACUUCUCAAACACAAGUUCGGAAAUUGAUUGGAGGCAAAUGGGUGACAAAGACAAUAACCGAAAACAUCACCUCCAAGCAAGAUAUUCACUCUAAAAAGCGCAUUGAAGAUUCUACAGUUAAACAUGAACAUUCCAUAUCGAACACUACCGUUGGCAAUGACCAGUUUACCAGUGUGUCACCAACAACUAAAAUAGUAGGAGGAAAACUUAUUCAUUCCAUGCCCAACGAGGAAACCAUACGUACUAGUAAAACUACGAAAACUCAUCAUCGUAGUGGUUCGAAUAUAGUUCUAGGGGAUGGAGUGUCAAUGCAGCAAAGUGCAACGACUAAAAUUGUUGGUGGAAAAUUGGUGCAAGUAUCAGCUAAAGACAAUAGCAAUAAUACAUCGACCGUGAAUGGUAAUCUUUCAUCAUCAGCGAAUAAUAUAAUCCAUUCAGAAUCUUCAGAUACAAAAAAGAGCUCGAAAAUAGAUAGUAGCAGUUCCUCAACUCACAUAGAAUCGAAGCAAUCUUCCAAAGCUACGACUCAAUCCUCGAAUACUCAAUCAACAACAACAGAUAAACAAUUCAAUCGAAAAAGUACUUUCGCAUCGACUGAAAACGUUAACAACGCCAUCCUUUGCCGUCAACAGCAAUCAAAUGUUCAACCAUCCGGUAGCAGCAUGAGCGUAUCCGGUUCAAUCCAACGCAAAAGUAUUUCCAACUUGAAUGACAAUGCAAUGUAUUCUACAACCAACCGCACCAGUUACAGCUCGUUGCAUCGCCGUGAAAAGGAAUCGGUUGAUACUAGAAUGCAAACCUAUCUGAAGACGUUGGAAUCGGGACCUAUCACUUCCCGUACAAAGUUGCAACCGUGCGCACCUCCAACACUAUCUUCCACGACGAACUUAACCACCAGCAGCAGUUCGAUCGGUCAACAUUCCAGUGUGCAACAAACGAAAUCGAUGCGCGACUAUCAAGCAGCAUUGAAUGUGACGAAAAGUUCCACGAAGGCGAAUGCCUCAAGCAUCUCUUUCGGGGACGACAAUAAAUUCCACGGCACUAGCUCAUAUAAGAUGCAGUAUGUGCAGCAAAAUGACGGUCGCUGCCCGGCACACGCCAUUAAUGAUAGCUUGAAAGUUUCGAAAGUCACUAAACAGCACACAUAUUACGUGCGUGAUCGAAGAUAAUCCUCUGUAACUCUUACAACUAAAGACAGUAUUUCCUUUGCUACAUAAAUAUAAACCUAACCGCAAUUCAA